AGCUGGAAAAAAAAGAAUUACUCUUAAACACACCGUCACACAUUUCGAUUGCGGAGAGCCGAGCUGCGCAAACAGUUUGCAGUUUGUGUGGGUUUAGUUGACGGGAGAAAAGGCGCGUCGGUCCGCGGAACACAGCCUGCGAUCGCGAAGCCGACGGACUCUUUAUUUUUGACACAACAAAGGAAAUAAUCAUUGGUCAACACAACGUGGUGAAACAAGAGGAAAACACGCCGAACGAGGCUUUCCAACGCCCCCCCUCUCCCUCUCUCGCUCUCUCUCGCUCUCGCUCUCUCUCUUCCCUUACGAGACGUCGGAGCGGAGAAAAGAUCGUGGAGUCCGUGGGUUUCUUUCUGGAGAGCGUUUUGGGGAUUUUUUUUUGUGUCUCAGAAGAAAGAAGGGAGGAACUAAAAAUGCAUCUGAUACUGAAAACUUCACACUCGGGAAAAUGAACACUUGACUUUAGCGAGAACGACUGAAAGAGGGAUAUUGGGGGGGUGAGAAAAGGAAGCUACGUUAAUGUGAAAUAUUGGAGGAAGCAUUUUUUUCCUUAUCUUUUUUAAAGCCUUCUCCGGCUGUGAAUAGCGGAGGUGCAAAAAAAGAAGAGAAAAAAAGAAAGGAGUGGACGAAAGCAAGAGAGCGAGAGAGGGAGAGAGAGAGAGAGAGAGCAAUGCUAUGGGAGGUUAGAGUGCAGGGAUCAGCUACAGACCAGCACCCCUGGAGUCGGCAGGAUUUCAAAGAGACACACAGACUUGAAUCUGAAUCCUCUGAUUGAAGAACAGGGCCGAGCCCCAGCCCAUUGAGCUCCUCUUGCAUGGAAACUCCGCUUCGUUGGCAGCCGCCUUCUCUCCCUAGAGCUUGUGGCCAGCAUGGCAGGAUGAGCCUCUGCCAGCGAUGAUGAUGGCCAAAAAGCAAGAUGCCCGUGCACCCACCUACAACCUGGUCGUGGUGGGGCUGUCUGGCACUGAGAAGGAGAAGGGCCAAUGUGGCGUGGGCAAGUCCUGCCUGUGUAACCGCUUUGUCCGCCCCAGUGCAGAUGACUUCUACCUUGACCACACGUCUGUUCUUAGCACCAGUGACUUUGGAGGCCGCGUGGUGAAUAAUGACCACUUCCUGUUCUGGGGGGAGGCUGGACGGACAAUGGAGGAGGGGCCAGAGUGCCGUAUGCAUGUGGUGGAGCAGACAGAGUUCAUUGAUGAUCAAACGUUCCAACCACACCGCAGUACUGCGCUCCAGCCUUACAUUAAAAGGGCAGCCUCCGCAAAGCUGGCCUCAGCUGAGAAGUUAAUGUACUUUUGCACAGAUCAGUUGGGGCUGGAACAGGACUUUGAGCAGAAGCAGAUGCCUGAGGGCAAGCUGAUGGUGGAUGGCUUCUUACUGUGUGUGGAUGUUAGCAGGGGUAUGAAUCGUAGCUUUGAGGACCAGAUGAAAUUUGUCACUAACCUCUACAACCAGCUUGCCAAGACCAAGAAACCUGUAGUACUGGUUCUCACUAAAUGUGAUGAAGGAGUAGAACGCUAUAUUAAAGACUCACACACCUUUGCCUUGGCUAAGAAGAACCUACAGGUUGUGGAAACUUCAGCACGCUCUAACGUCAAUGUUGACCUGGCUUUUCUUACGCUGGUCCAGUUAAUAGACAAGAGUAGGGGAAAGCCAAAAAUCAUCCCUUACUUUGAGGCUCUGAAACAACAGAGUCAACAGAUUGCCUCAGCAAAAGACCGCUAUGAGUGGCUGGUCAACGGAAUUGUCCAUAACCACAACGAAAUGUGGCCCAACAUUAACCGCCGCAUGCAGACCUCUGUUGAGUACAAGGACUAUGUCUUCUUGGAAGGGACAGCUAAAGCUAAGAAGCUUUUCCAACAGCAUGUCCAUAGACUCAAACAGGAGCACAUAGAAAAACGUAGGAAGGCCUAUCUCAACACCCUCCCCCAGGCCCUGUCUUUACUGGUCCCAGAGCUGGAUGAGAUUGACCACUUAAGCUGGUCUGGGGUUCAAAAAGUUCUAGAGACCAAGAGAGACUUCUCCCAGUGGUUUGUAGUGCUUGACGACACCCCGUGGGAGACCACACCACAUAUUGAUAACAUGGAUGAUGACCGGAUACCCCAAGACCUCCUUGAGACCCCCGCUGCAGAGGCUGUGUAUGAAACCCAUCUAGAGCACCUGAGGAAUGAGCGCAAGCGAGCAGAGGUGAGGUGGGAGUUCAAGGAGAAGCUGAGUGUCUCCCCAUUCAUCACAGCAGGAAAACCUUGGGAAGAGGCCCGAAGCUUCAUCAUGAAUGAGGAUUUCUACAAGUGGCUAGAUGAGGCUGAAUAUCUGGACAUCUACAACAAACACCAGAAGGAAAUCAUUGACCGAGCCAAAGAGGACUUCCAGGAGCUGCUUCUAGAAUACUCUGAGCUGUUCUAUGAGCUGGAAGUUGAUGCAAAGCCAAGCAAAGAGAAAAUGGGUGCUAUCCAGGAGGUGUUGGGAGAGGAACAAAGGUUCAAAGCUCUACAGAAACUGCAGGCAGAAAGGGAUGCCCUGGUGUUGAAGCAUAUCCACUUUGUCUACCACCCCACUAAAGACACCUGUCCUAACAGCCCCCACUGUGUAGACACGAAGAUAGAGCAGAUCCUGGCUGCCCGGUUCCCUACCCGCUAUGCCUCAUCAGAGAGCUCAAGGCUAGAGGCAGGGAGAGCUGAUCGAAUAAAUCUUGUCAUCCUGGGGAAAGAUGGUCUAGCAAGAGAGAUGGCCAAUGAGAUAAGGGCAUUGUGCACUUGUGAUGAUAGAUAUGUGUUAGAUGGAAAGAUGUAUGAGUUAGCCCUUCGACCAAUAGAGGGCAAUGUACGUCUACCUGUCAACUCCUUCCACACACCCACCUUCACACCCCACGGCUGCCUGUGUUUGUACAACUCAAAGGAGUCCCUCUCUUAUGUUGUGGAGAGUAUUGAGAAGCUUAAAGAGUCAACCUUGGGUAGAAGAGAAAGGGACAACAGCUUAGCUCAGCUCCCCCUGUCUAUCCUCCUUGUCACCAAGCGGGGGGUGGGCUCCAUAGGAGAUAUAGGAGGGGAGACAGCACAGACUCUUAUCCACCAAGGGCAGCAGGUGGCUGGGAAGCUGCAGUGUGCCUACCUAGACCCCGCCUCCCCAGGCUACGGGCGCAAUGUCAAUGAGAGACAGAUCAACCAGAUGCUAAAGGGCCUCUUGGAGUCCCGCAGGAGCCUGGGGAGCAGCUCCCCUCCCUUACCCCCUCCUCCCACUGCCUUCAGAGACUCUCAGGCACAGCCCAACCCAGAGGCAGACCUGAGAAUAGUCAUGUGCCUGAUGUGUGGAGACACAUAUGACCUAGAACAGCUCCUUGCUCCCUUCCUGCUGCCUCAGCACUGUCGUCCAGUUUCCAGCCUUAGCAGCGGCACUUCUGUUCUCCUGGAGCUAAGUGUAGGGGCUCAGAGACAGAGCAUUGAGCUCUCCCUGCUCUCCUUUCACUCCACAUUCUCUCUCCGUAAGAGCAGGCUGGUCCACGGCUACAUUGCAGUGUACUCUGCCCGACGCAAGGCCUCCAUGGAGACCUUGUGUGCAUUCCUGUGUGAGGUGCAAGACAUCAUCCCAGUGCAGCUGCUGGCGGUGGCGGAGAGCCAGAUGGAGCUGUCCGAUUCAGAGUCAGCCAGGGAGCAGGUAACCCAGGGAGAGGAGCUGGCCAAUGAGAUAGAGGCCAGAUUUAACAAAAUCAUAUGUGGACAUGGUGGGGUAGUAGGAGGGCUUCAUAAGAUAGACCUCUUCCAGCCCUUCCUCAAGGAGGUGGUGGAAAAACGCACCAUUGUAGAGGCAACACACAUGUAUGACAAUGUGGCUGAGGCAUGUACCAAUGAGAGCAUCAGCCCCCGCUGUGGUUCCCCCAGUCCAGUUAACACUCUGCCGGACUCUGACGACAUAGACGACAUAGACCCGUCACCACCUUACCCGACUCUGAGGGAAGAUGGUACCCUCAGCUCCCACAUCGGGAGCUUCAAAAUCCCAGACCUGGAUUCAAGUGAUGCGUUUUCUGUCAUCUCUGAAAUCAGCACCUUCGAGAGCAAGCUCAACAACAAGGUGCCUCCGCAAGUGAAGCCCAAGCCUCUCCGUAAGGUAAACCUUGGACCCUACAUGGACCAGCAGCAUGGAGGCACCAAUCGACGGUCUUUACCCCAAGCUGUCACCUGGGCUCCUGGUAGUGAUGGCGGCUAUGACCCCUCAGACUAUGCAGAGCCCAUGGAUGCCGUGAGCAAACCCAGACCCACAGAGGAGGAAAACAUUUACUCCGUUCCUCAUGACAGCACACAGGGCAAGAUCAUCACAAUUCGCAAUGCCAACAAGGGUCACUCCAACGGCAGCGGUGGGGGUAAUGGGUCUGACAGUGAGGCAGACAGUAGCUCACUGGAGCGGAGGAGGAAGUUGUCAGCUAUAGGGGUGAAGCCGAAGCUCUACAGAGACCGAUCCAAACGGCUAGGGAAGUUCAGUAGCUUCAGGACCAGCUUCUCCAUAGGAAGUGAUGAUGAGAUGGGUGGUCCACCCAAGGCCUCCCAGGACGAGCUGGGAGGAGCCCACAAGGACAACUCCAUCAACGAGGAAAGCGAGGACCCAAAAAGAAGGAAUAUUCUGAAGAGCCUGCGCAGAAACACAAAGAAACCACGGCCGAAGCCCAGGCAUUCUAUAUCCAAGCCCAUUGAAAGCAACUACUUCGGCGUGCCGCUGGCCAACGUGAUAUCGCCUGAGCGGCCCAUCCCUGUUUUUAUUGAGAAAUGUAUCCGAUUCAUUGAAACAACAGGUUUGACCACGGAGGGCAUCUACAGGGUCAGUGGAAACAAGGCAGAGAUGGAAAGCAUGCAGCGACAGUUUGACCAAGACUACAACCUCAACCUGGUGGAGAAAGACUUCACAAUCAACACAGUAGCAGGAGCCAUGAAGGCCUUCUUCUCUGAACUGCCUGAGCCCCUGGUGCCCUACAGCAUGCAGGGAGACCUUGUGGAGGCCUUUAAGAUCAACGAUAGGGAGCAGCGGUUCCAGACAAUGAAGGACGUUCUGCGCCGCUUCCCCAAGGAGAACUACGAGGUCUUCAAAUAUGUCAUCAGCCACUUGAACAAGGUGAGCCAGAACUACCGAUUGAAUCUGAUGACCAGCGAGAACCUGUCCAUCUGUUUCUGGCCCACAUUAAUGAGACCAGACUUCACCACUAUGGAUGCCCUGACUGCCACACGCACCUACCAGACAAUCAUUGAGAGCUUCAUCCACCAGUGUGCUUACUUCUUCUACAAUCAGCCGCUGGCCGAAGGCCUUCCUGGUUCCCCCACUGCUACCCUCGCCUCCGGAGGAGGAACCUCAGCCUAUUCCUGCAUGGUCGGGGGCUACUCUUCUUCCCCAACCCCUUCUCCCACUCCCUACGUCCUCCCUGCCACGCUCCCGUCAUCCCUCACUAUGGCCCACCUAUCCAUCAUCACCACCAUCAACAUCAUCACCAUCAAUCCCCACCCCACUCUCCGCCCCCCACCCCACAGUCCCCCAUCCCGGCCCUCCUGCCUCCCUCCCUGCACCCUCCCACGGAACAACACUUGCUGUGAAUCAGGCAUCAAGGGAAAGAGAGGGGGUUAAAACCAGAGACUGAGACUCGGACAAAUGUAAAAGUUCAGAAGGAUAGAUUUUGAAGGUGUGGGAGGAGAGGAAAGGGGAGAUUUUGUUUUAGGGUAGGAGAGAGUGAGCAAAAUGCAGUAUGUAUAGGGAGAAAUUUAAGCAUUUGGGAGAGGGGGCUUUAGAGCCUCCACAGGUUUCAGAAACAUGGAUGCACACACACACACACACACACACACACAAGGCCAAGAAGGGGGAAGAAACGACGAUUGUUUGGGCCAACGGUAUGAUUUUAUUCCCUCUUUACCAUGUCUCCUCUCUCUCUCUUUCUCUCUCUCUCUCUCUCUCUCUCUCUCUCUCUCUCUCUCUCUCUCUCAUAUACCAACUAGACUUACUCUCUU